ACACACACACACACACACACACACACACACACACACUCACGCUUCUUAUGAUUCUACCUUCAAUUCUCCCAGAAAAGCAGUUUCUGUAGGUGAUAGAAGGAGUGCAGGUGAUCUUCAAAGGAGACUGUGGUCUUCACAGAACUACCAACAACACUGAUGCAGGAGGCCUGUUAACCCAAGUACUGGAAGGCUCAUUCUGUCUUCUUAGGAAACUGUGUGACGAUAAUAACCUCCGUGCUUCUGUUGCUUCCACAACUCGACAGGGAGUCGAACAUCAGCAGCUCGGUGCCGGCUGCUAUGGAGUUUCUUGAGAGAACUUACCUUAUGAAUGAUCAAGCCACCAAGAUGUAUGCUUUCACUCUGGACAGAGAACUUCGACAGAAACCUGUGAAUAAAGAUCAGUGUCCUGGAGACAGGCCAGAGCAGCCAGAGGCAGGAGGCAUCCAUCACUGCCACAGCAGCAACAAGGCCACAGAGAACAGGUCGAGCAAGCAAGCGCAUGCUAAGUGGAGGCUCUGUGCUGCUUCAGCAAUAUGCUUCAUCUUUAUGCUGGCAGAGGUGGUGGGUGGACACGUUGCUGGGAGUCUGGCCGUUCUCACCGAUGCUGCUCAUCUCUUAAUUGACAUGACCAGCUUCCUGCUCAGCCUCUUCUCCUUAUGGUUGUCCUCAAGGCCCCCUUCCAAGCGGCUGACAUUUGGAUGGUAUCGAGCAGAGAUCCUUGGUGCCCUGCUGUCUGUCCUUUGCAUCUGGGUGGUGACUGGUGUGCUGCUGUACCUUGCCUGCGAGCGCCUACUGUAUCCUGAUUACCAGAUCCAAGCCAGCAUCAUGAUCAUUGUUUCAGGCUGUGCAGUGGCAGCCAACAUUGUACUCACUGCAGUUUUGCACCAACCUCACCUUGGCCACAACCACAAAGCUGUUCAAGCGAAUGCCAGUGUCAGAGCAGGCUUCGUGCACGCCCUAGGGGACGUAUUUCAGAGCAUGAGUGUACUAAUUAGCGCCCUCAUUAUCUACUUUAAGCCUGACUACAAAAUUGCUGACCCAGUAUGCACAUUUAUUUUUUCCAUCCUGGUUUUGGCCAGCACUGUCAUGAUCUUAAAAGACUUCUCCAUCUUACUCAUGGAAGGUGUUCCGAAAGGCCUGAGUUAUGACAGUGUGAAAGCGCUCAUCCUUGCAGUCGAUGGCGUGAUCUCUGUGCACAAUCUACACAUCUGGUCCCUCACAGUAAACCAAGUGAUUCUCUCUGCUCAUGUGGCUACAGCUGCCAGCCAGGACAGCCAGUCUGUGCAAACAGGGAUUGCUCAUGUCCUCAGCAGUAACUUUGAUCUGCACUCCCUCACCAUUCAGAUAGAAUCUGCAGCAGACCAGGACCCCAGCUGCUUUUUCUGUGAAGACCCACAGGACUAGCUCAGUCACACUGUCAGCUUCCUGUGUUUCAUAGGCCAUGACAAGCUGCUGCAAAGUUUCUACAAUGCACAAUUAAGCAGCCAGUGGAAUAGAUUUGAGAAAGUCAUGAUGGUGCAAUGCUCACACUCUUCCUUUUUAUUUAGCUACAUCCACCAUGAAUGAAGAUAUAUGAGAUUCAUCAGUUUCUUGGAUUAUAUACUAAUCAGUAGUUGUGUUCAAUUAUAGGAAUGCAUAUACAGAUUGUUCCCAACUGUGGCUGAAAAAACAGAUGUUUGCAACCACAGGUAAUAAAUGGUUCACUUCCCUACAGUAAUGGUUAUAGUUGAAUUCAGGAAUCCUCGGCAUGAGAAACAAGUAUUUGAAGUGAAUCUUGAGGCAUUAGGAUUUGACUCGUCCAUCAUCCUCACUGAGAUGUUCAUCAUUUGUGAAAUAGAGGAGAACUUCCCUCUUUUAGUCUUUCAUUGUAAAUUAUGGUUCUGUAUGGGUGAAGUAUUGAAUUAUGUUUUAAUUCUCUGUGCAAAGGGUAUGAGAAAAGAAAAAAAAUUUCUGAAAUUGCUAACUUUUGAAUGCUUUCAUAAAGUGUAAUUUAAUAAUGUAAGAAAAUGAGGAGGCACAGAAUGCGAUCUUUCUCAUCCAGGACACAUAGAAACAAUUCAAUCAAAGAAUUAAGAUAUCUCUCAAAGUUUAGACAAUAUUUAUGGAUCACUAUUGCACUAUUGUUCAAAUGCUGUACUUUAUGUUCCAACAACUUAA